ACUUUACGUUGGAAUAUAAAUUCUAUUUUGACCUCGUUUUGCAUGCAGCAUAUGAUGCUUAAACAUUUGGCAGAUGAGUGGAGUGCUCCUUAUUAACCGAGACUGUUUUUUUUUCCUCUCAAAAUGUUCAGCUUCCUAAGACUGUGAUCUACGCCUGUGCUGAAAAUAUUGUACUCUGUUGCUUACAUCUGUAACACACUAAAACCACAUGAAAUAUUUAUUUUAUUUGUCAGAGGGAGGAAGACUGAUCUCUGGAUAUGUAGUUCAUUUUUGGAAUUUUUUCUUUUUGCAGAGAAAGCAUGGUAGCCACUUGCAGAGAUACACUGCCCUAACAGCAUCAAGGAAAAGAAAAAUGGAGAGCGAGAAGGCUCCUUCGACAUCCAGACAGUUGACGUUGGGAGAAACUAAGCUAGUCACACAGAAGAAUGUUGAUCAUGCAGUGUUGAAUUUUGUGACCCAGAGUCUCCAACCCUUUAGUGUGGUGGAACAACCAUCAUUUAAAGCUUUCUUGCAUGAUCUUCAGCCUAACACCUCUCUCAUGUCAAGGCCCACUUGGAUGGAUGAGGCAGCACUUCAGAUGAAGACUAAUAUGAAAAAAGCAAUGUCAGAGAUAGAUUUCAUAGCAACAACAACAGAUUGUUGGAGUUCAAGGAGAAGAGGUUUCAUCGGUGUCACUGCCCACUGGGUUGAUCCUAACAGCCUGGAGAGGUGCUCAGUAGCACUAGCAUGCAGGCAGCUUAAAGGCCCACACACUUUUGAUGUUUUGGCUUGUGCUCUAAAUGACAUACAUUGGCAAACAGAACAAGGUUGUUCCAACUACUACGGACAAUGGGUCAAAUUUUUUAAAGGCAUUUCGUAUAUAUAUGGAGAGCAAGAUGAGAACAACAACUUUGCUUUAGAAGAGACUGAAGAUGAGAUAAGUGAUGUGAUGUGUGAUGAAGAUGAAGAGGAUGUGGAUGGUGUCGAGGUGGACUUUGUAGAGGUCACAGCUGUUUUAGAUGAGGAUGAUGGCUUACAAUUCCAGCUUCCAAAGCAUCAUCGUUGUGCCUGCCACUUAUUAAACUUGGUUUCCACAGUGGAUGCCGCCAAAGCCUGUUCAAAUGAAGCCUUCAAGAAGCUGUCCAGGUCAGCAAAGUGCCAUGCACUACGGAAUAAGUGUGGCAGAUCUGCGGCUGCAGCAGAGAUUGUAGAAGAUAUGUGCAAAAUUCAGCUGAUUCGCCCCAACACAACAAGGUGGCAUUCCUUAUUUCUCGCCGUUGAGAGAGUGCUUCGAAUCAUUAAAGAUCAGGGAGAGGGGGCUAUCAGAACUGUCUGCACUUCACUCAAGUUGCCAAUGUCGAGUCCAGUUGAAAUUGCGUUUCUGGAAGAGUAUGCCGGAACCAUGAGCCCCCUAGACAAAGCCCUCAACAUUCUUCAGGCUGAAAUCGAUGUUCAGAUGGGAUGGCUUCUGCCUACUUUGACACUCCUCAUCUUGAAACUGGACCGAAUUCGCAUUUCCUCCAGGUACUGCAAACCUCUGGUGGAUGCCAUCCAAGGAGGCCUGCAGCAGCGCUUUGGAAACAUGCUGGUAGAGCCAGAGUUUAUUGCAGCUGCAAUCCUUGUCCCGAAAUUUAAAACAUCCUGGACAGCGGAUGAACACAUUGUCAAACUAGGCCUGGACUACAUCAAGGACCAUCUGGAGGAAGAGACUUCCAAUGAAACACCAGUUGGUCAGGAAGGUAUCAGGCAGUUAGAUGGCAACUUGCCUGCAAAGCUGAUGACAAAGAAAUUCUUAAGUCCUUCCCAGCAGUCUGUAAGUUGUCUUUGAAGGUCAACACUGCUUUACCCGCUUCUGCAGCUUGUGAACGUCUUUUCAGCACAGCAGGACUUAUUUUCAGUCCCAGGAGGGCAAGAAUAAUAGACUCAAAAAAUUUUGAGAAUCAGAUCCUUCUCAAGCUAAAUAAAACAUAUUGCCACUUUAGUUAGAUCAUCAGUGCCAUUCUAUACUAGCACACUCACCAGAAGCAGAAUUAAUGGCAUACUGAUUAAUAAUGUUUAGAUUUAGAUUUGAGGCUUGUUAUUUUAGUACACGUCAGUACAGUUUGUGUAAUUUGUUUUGAGAUG